AUGUCUUCAAGCGAUGAAGAAGAUUUCCCAAAACGAAGGCGACGAAAGCGAAAUCAGAGUUUUGAGCAUGAACAAUUUGAGUCCCAUCAGUUUGAUUUUAAUAUAGAUGAAGCAAAUGAACUGGAUAAUCAAACAACGGCUGAUGUUGGAGUAAUACCGAUACAUGAUGAUUUACAACAACAGAAUUUAACUCGAGAUCAAUUACAACAAUUAUUCUCUCGAGUUAGUUCUGAAUUAGUUGCAGAAUCAACGGAUGAUCAAGAUUUUUUUAAACGUAAAGCAACAAUCAAAGUACCAAAAACAAAUAAGGUGAUACAAACACCAUUUCCACCUCCUCGAUCAGAUCGUCAAGAGGAUUUUGACAUUAGUAUUGAACAAUUGAAACAACUGGCUAAAAACUCGGCAGGUCUACUGAUCAUUGAAAAACAUUCUCCUUCUGAAAAAGAAAUCGAUUAUGCGUUAUCAACCAUUACAUUAACAUUUAAUCAAUCCAUGAUAGCUAUUUCAUCACUCGAUGAACAAAUAAAUCCAGAAGAUCUAGGUAUAUCAUUAAUACCAAAACCAGAAGGUCAAUGGAGAUGGAUAGACACGAAAACAGUUCAGUUUGAAGCAAAACAUCGUUUACCAUAUUCAACAAAAUAUACAUUAAGAGUCAACAAAGAACAUUGUGUGUCAACAUUCGGAGGAAAGUUGGACGAUGAAUUUGUCUUCGAAUUCUCAACAAAAACAUUACAAGUUCUUGAAUUUUUACCAACUGGAAGAGUUACAACUUUAAAACCUAAAUGUUUUCUGUUAUUCAAUCAAAAAAUCGAUAUAAAUGACAUUUUCAAGCAUAUAUGUGUAGUCAGAGAUGAUGGACAUCAAAUUCAAACUGAGAAAUUAGAAUUAUUCGAUGAAGAAGCAGUAAAAAGUGAAUUUAAAUCGUUCAUAAAUCGAAAUGAAGAAAAUCGUCAGCAAUAUAUUGCAUUUACAUUUAAAGAAGAUUUAUUUAAGGCAACAAAAUAUACAAUUCAAGUACCUAAAGAUUGUCCAUCAGCCGAAGGACCACUAAAGACAACAUUAGAAUGGUCAGAUGAUUUUACUACGUAUAAACGUUUACAAAUAACUGAUUGGUUUCCAAAUAUAAACGAUUCGUACCAACAGACUGCUAUUCCUGGUCAAAGUUGGACGAUUACAUUUAAUAAUUCCUUAGAUCAUUCAACAAUUAAAAAAUCCAUAUUUAAAAUCGAACCGGAAGUCAGUGAUUUAGGUAUUGAACAUAGAAAAUACAAUAGUCGAGAAAUAUUAAUACAUAAUAAUUCCCAACCAAACACAGUUUAUACAUUGUUUAUACAAUCAGGAAUAUUGAAAGAUAUUUUCGGUCAAACAUUAGAACAAGAUCCUUCCAGUCAAUCAAUUCAAUUUCACGUAGAUGAUUUCAAUUCACCAUUAUCUGGAGUUUUACAGGGCGAAUCAGGUAUAGCACAAAAAUAA